UAGAAGCAUCAUCACCAAACAUAUUUCUAGAGUUUAAUCAUAGAAAUAUCAUCAAAUAAAAUGUAGCCUAGUUGGUUACAAUGCUCUUUAUUUAUUUAAGUGAUCAAGGUUGAAUUACAAUGAUGACAUUUUUAAUAGGCAAAAUCCAUCUGUGUAGCCAAAACUUUGACGGUUUGGCCAAAUAUAGCCACUUUUGACAAAAUAACAAAUAUAGCCAUAAUUUUGAAAGUUUCAUGACAAAUAUAGUCAUUUCCGUUACAUAUUUUGCUGGCGGUAAUGACACUGUUAAUCAAAUUAAUGGAACCCAUAACUGGCUGCCAACUCACCAGACACAUCAAUGACAAUUCAACAACACUUGCCACAUGCCCACAUGGAUGCCAUGUCAUAUUUUAAUUUAAAAAUAAAUAAAAAAAUCAUAAAUUAUUUUCUCGUCCUCUCCCACCACUCGAUGAUGAUGCCCUUUCCCAUUCCUUCCAUACCGCCGAUUCUUCCCCUUCCUCCUCUGUUGCUCCCUCCCCCUCUUUUCCAGUACCCUUUAUCCGAAAGUAGGGAUUUUCGCCCUCUUAACCCUACAGCAGUCGAGCUUAAUCCUCAUUCCUCAUCCAAUACCCGUAAGUAGAUUGGCUAUGCUCUGCUCCCCUAUCUUUCUCGACAACCCUUCGUCUUUGUCUGCUCUACUCCCUUCUCGUUCUUGACUUGCUACCAAGGCCCCCAAAUCAGUAGAUCUGCUCUGCUCUGCUCUGCUCUUCCUCUCGCCGCCUGAAACUCAGGGGAGUUGUCACCAAUCCAAGAAGGAACAUAUCUCUGUCUCGUGAAUCGUUGACCAGUGGGUUUAGCAGCGGACCACCUCCAAUUGGGAAUCGUUUCUCUUCACCGUCGGCGCCAUCCUCUUUGCUUCGUCUUGUCCGUGACCAAAACCCAGAAAAGCAAACAAAUUAAAGUCUGAAUUCCAUUGAAAACUAGGAAAAUAAAAGAAGAGCGAACAUGCAUUUGCUUUUUUGCGAUAUAAAAAAUCGAUGCUCAUUUGCUUGUUUCUGGCGAGAGGAAGGAGAAGACUCGAAGGAAUUGGGGAAGUGAGUUUUGCGGCGAGAGCGGACAGUUGGAAUUGAUUUUUUGGCGAGAGCAAUGGUGGUGAUCGAGAGUUUUCGGCGGGGAUUCGUUUAACGAAUUUGAUGUGCUCGAAGACAGGAAGAGAAACAGUGGCGCCGGAGUGUUUGGGUGGAAGAGAGGUGGGCGCCGACUAAAUUUCUGGGAAAGGAAGGCAUGAAUUGGGUGGGGAGGUCAACAUGGGAAGGGAUUUGGGGCUAGGGGUAAAAGAAGGAGGACAGAGAGAUUUUUUUAUUUUUUCUUUUUUUAAUGUAAUUAAUUAUAAUAAAAACUUGCCAUGUUAGAAUUUUCGUUAGUAUAGUCAAACGGUUAGAUAACACUGUUAAAGAAUUGGCUAUUUUUGGUAUUUCGUCAAAAAUGGCUAUUUUCGGCUAAACCGUCAAAGUUUUUGGCUACACAAGUGUAAUUUGCCUUUUUAAUAUAUAAACAUGAACCGGGUGCAAUUAGGGCUGCAAAUGAGCCGAGUUGAGUCGAGUUUUCCUCAGCUUGAGCUCGGCUCGUUAACAAAUGAGUCGAGUUUGAGCUCGGCUCAUUUAUUAACGAGCCGAGUCGAGUCGCGAGCUAGCUUUCUUAAUAAAAUCUUGACUCAUAUUUGAUAUAUUCAUUUUGUAUGUAAUAUAUGAUACAUGUGAUUAAUGCCAAGAUGAAGAAAAUAAUAAUAAUAGUUGAGUGUUCAAUAUUAACUAAUUUUAUGGUAUACUUUGUGGUAUCAAAUUAUUUAGUUAAUAAAUUUUAAUUGGUGAAAAUUAUGUUAUUUCACAAUAUCGAAGCAAUCUAUGAUACAUAAUUGCUUUUUAAAAUUAAAUAAAACAUAUUUGCUCACAUAAUCUACGUGUUAAACUUCAUAUAGAGUGAGAUAUAUACUUUAACAAUCCUAUGAAUUAUCAAAAUCAAACUCAUAUAGAUCGAUUCGCUCAUAACUCAGUAAUCGAGUUGGCUCUCUAGCCACAAUCUUGAGAGUUGAGACAUCUCAUGAGCUCUUAACGAGCCAGCUCACGAGUUGAGCUCAACAAGCCACCGAGUAAAGCUAGCUCGCGAGCUCCAUGAGCUGCAGAAGGCUAAGCUCAAGCUCGGCUCAUUAGUAAACGAGCCGAGUUUAGAACAAGCUUUUCCCGAGUCGAACGUCGAGCCGCUCGCGAACAACUCGGCUCAUUUGCAUCCCUAGGUGCAAUGACAAAAAUGACCUUCCUAGAAUCACUCUCGGGUCACGAAAUUUGAAAUGGGAGAAUUCCAACCCAUGUUUUGCCUUUAUGUAUUUUGUAGAUAGAUUAACUAGGUGGCGAUGUCGCGACUUGUCGUGGGGCGGAUAUGAUCUAUGGGCAUGUAUUAUGUGGCCCGUUAUAGUGUUUUGUUAGUAUUAUUACACAAACAUUAAUUUUUUGUUAAUAAUUUUGUUAGUUAUAUUGUGUGAGAAGAGAUAUAUGACGUUCAACAGCCAAUUUAAGACAAAGUUGAAAAUUUUGGCUAAUAAAUUAUAUUUACCUAAACCCAAGUAGACCCAUUGAUUAUGGGUAGGGUAUGAGUGACGUAUAUAUGGGUUUGGAAUUUUGUAGAUGGGUUUGGGUAGAGUAUGAAUAUUUACUUUCAUAAUCCAAAUGACUAUGAGUUGGGUGGAUUACCCAUUUAUUCGAGAGUGUUUUAAUUACAAAUACAAAAAGUAGACCUAUUUGUAGAGCUUUAAAUGUUUAGGUACCAAAAUGUAAUACACAAAAAAUUUAGGUACUAAAAUGUAAUGUUCCAUCAAUAAUUUGAGGACUUAUAUGCCCAAAAAAAAUUAAGUUAUAAAUCUAAAGAUCUAUUAAGUUUACGUACCGAACUGUAAUUUGCAUAUAUGAGGCUUUUUGUUAUAUGUAUUUAAGAUGAUAAUUAUUUAAUUUUUUAUAGAAAAUAUGAAACUAUUUAUUAGAUAUGUGUAGAUAUCUUGCCAAACAUUCCAUGUAUAAUUGUUGAAAAUUCUAGCCCGGAUGAAAAAGAAAAGCUCGCUUAAAAUUUCACGCUUUCAAAUCCCAUAGUGGAAAAUAACGACGUUCUAAUAAGUAAUAUCCAUAUAUAUAUUUAUUUUUAAUUGGACUCGAUGUUGAGCUCAAAAAGUUAGUGGUUCAUGGUUCAAUUAUUAAUUCUCUAGAUUGUUGGUGAGUAGUGUAUGGACCCGUUCAUAGUUGUGAUUAGAAUACAUAAAAAUAGUAUACUAAUUAGGGUUAUGGAAGACGGGUAAAAAAUGAAACGAAAAGGAAGUAGAUGAUGGAAAUGUUUUGACCAAUUCUUUUAGUUGGCCGUCAAUACUACAAUCAACCCUUUUCAUCGUAGCAAUUUAUUGACACUUGCUUAUAUAGAUGUCACAUAUUUUGUUACAUGUAGUUAGUAGAAGUUUGUCUAGUACCCAGUAAAUGUACUAAAUGAGUUUAUAAAUUCGCUAUUGCAAUAUUUUAGAGUCGUCUCUCUUUUAUCAUUUAUUCAAUGUUUCACGUAAUGAGCAAAUAUAAAAUGGUCGAAUCUUCUGCUACAUUUGAGUGAUACAACAUCUUGUAUGUUACAAACUAAAUUUAUACUUUAGAUACCAAAACAUAUUUGUUCAAUGAUUUUAUAAUAAAAUUAAAAUUAGGGUAUAAAAAUGUAAAAUGUGCAUUAUAGUAACUAAGUUGUAAUUUAAUUAAAUUUAGGUAUCAAAAUGUUAAAUAUACAUUAUAGUAACUAAGUUGUAAUUUAAAUAAAUUUGGGAUAUCAAAAUGUAAUUUUUUAUGCAACAGUAACGAAAUUUCAGCUUUAGUAACUUGUUGUAGUUAGACUAUCGUACUUGAUCGAGAGCGGUUGAGGUGAUUACUGGUUACUAAGGAUAAAUUGAGUAUGAAAAAAUAAAUUAUAAUAAAUUAUAGUUUAGGUAGUUACAAAAAUGUAUUAAUUACAAUUCUUUCUCUUUCUCUCACUUCCGUAAUCUCUAGCCAGAUCACUUUUCCAUAUUUUUCUCAAUCUUUCUGCAAAAGAAAAAACACGAAAUCACUACCAAUCCAUUAGACAACCACUACCAUUUUGAAAAACAUCAAUAUCAUUGCAGAAAUAAAACUAUAGCAUUACACGAAAACUACCAAUAUAAAUAAUCUAUACCAUUAUAAAAGUCAAACAAAUAUCAAAACAACCAAUACCACUACUACUGUGAAAUCAAAACAAUAUAAUUGCAUAAAUAAAUCAAUACAAACAUUACCAAAACAAAUAUAGGUAACUACCAAAGCAUAAUGCAAACACUACCAAACCAAAUGCAGAUAACUACCAAAGCAUAAUGCUCCAUCUAACCAACACAAAUGCAGGUAACUACCAAAGCGUAAUGCACACACUACCAAAGAAAAUGCAGGUAACCACCAAAGCAUAAUGCAAACACUAUCAAAGCAUAAUGCAAACACUACCAAAAUGCAAGGUAGCUACCAAAGCAAAUCCUCUACCAAUGCAAACACUCAAUUCUAGAUUACCUGCAGAAGCAAAGCUGUAAUCAACGUCGAUUGCGGUGGGAAACGAACGUGAACGCCGGAGGAGUUAAAAUCAAUGUCGCCGGUAUGGAGAGGGAGGGAUCUGAAUAACCAAAUUUGGGAGGUAGGAGGAGGAGGGACUAAGGAAAUGAGAAUAAGAGGGGUGAGGGAGGAUAAGAGAUUCGAGUACGACGGCGGAAGGAUGUCUGGCUGUAGGCUAGUUGUCGUCGAGGGUGGUCAUCGGGGGUGACCAAGGGGAGGGGCUGGUGUAGGCAGCCGACAGGAUUAGUGCGACGGAGCUGUGGAGGCGACUGCUGCGGGUUUGGCUUGAGGGAGGGUAGAACUAGGGUUUGGGUAGAUUAUAUAGAAUAAUCGAGUGUGGUCACUUUUUCAUUGAAAAUUUACCCUAAAAGAAUCUUGAUCGUAAGAUUAAAAAAGAAGAGAAAAUAUGAAAUCUAAUGAUAUAUAAAGAGGUUGCCACUAAAAAAUAAAUAAUCACCCUAACCCCACUUUCAUCACUCCACAAUUGUCCUAAAAUUCAAUGCACUUUCAUAAACCCACAAAUGAAAUCUUUUCUAAAAAAAAACAAAUGAAGUCAGUUCCCCACUUGAAAUAUCAACAAGCUCGAAAUUUAUUCUUUUCAUCACAGAUUUAUCUUAGUUCAAGUGGAUAUAAUGUCGUUAGUUGGGUACCUCGCCUUGAUACAAAAAUGUCGACUCCUGGUUAUUACUUAUUACAUUAAUCAUGUUAGAGGGCUAGCUUCUUCUUUAAUUAGCGUAAUAAUUAAGUUCACUAGUAGCGUUGUAUAUAUAUGAUUUUAGGAUUCGUUCACAAACCAACCCAAGCUUUCACAAUUCCAAGAUACCAUGGUUAGAACGCUAAUUAAUGUACAAUGGGUGAAGAAGACCCAUAUUAUUGAGUGUUGACUUAAUAUCAAAAGGAGUGUGGAAAAAUAAAAAGCAAUGAAUGGGCCAUUAGAACAAGUUAUUUGCAAGAUCCCUAUACACCAAGAUUGAGUUUACUAUUCACAUAGACUCAAAAUUCCUAUUCAUCUAGACUCAAAAUUACUAUUCACCCUCCUCUGGGUUGUUCCCGGUCUGCGAUUGGGCCCGACCGCCUUUUCUUAUUCGCUGCUCGCCUGUGAGUGGGCCCGGCGGUUUUGCCCUCUGUUGCUGCUGUGGACAUCGUGUGGCCCUCGAAUCCCCCUUCAUAUUCACUUCUUCUCUCUUUAUCUCUCUCGAUCCUUCUCUCCUUCAAAUAGCAUUUGAUUCCCUUUGGCCGAGAAUUUUUGGGAACUUCACCACUGUGAGGAGGGAAGACUACUGCUGAUGGAUGCUCUGUGAUGGAGAAUGGGCGACGCUGAGGAAGAGAGCAGACUGGGCAAUGAUGAGAAAGAAAGCAGAAAAGGCGAGGGGAUUGUCUUGCUGGUGAUGAUGGAGAAGUUUUGGGAGAAGUGCUGUUGUGGUUUAGGGCAAAGGGAUUUCUUGAUUAUUGCGAUCCUUCGCAAGGAAGUUGAGUGACCAUUUUCCCACCACACAAGCUACCUACCUCUCUAUUAUUUCACUGCAGACACCAUUCCUUCUCUCCCAUCCCUUCUUUGCUCAUCGGUAUCUCAUUUCACUCUCUUUGUGCGUUGCAAAGAUGCUGGCAAUACCUCUCUCUCAUUUCUCUCAACAACAGCAUAUCAUCUCAUCUCUUCCUUUCCUCUCUCUCUCUCUCUCUCUCUCUCUCUCUCUCUCUCUCAUAUGGGACCCGAAGUCGUUGCGAGCGACCAGGUAAUCAUCGAUAACCCGCCGGUUAUGGGAGUCCCUCUCCGACGAAGAGGAGAUCUGGAGAUAGCGCAGUGCAGACUCAAAUCGUCGAUAACCCGCCGGUUAGGGUAAUCAUCUCUUCUCUUUCAUAUCUCAGUUACGUUGUUGUUGCGAGCGACAAGAGAAUCUCCUAGAACCCACCAUUGCUGAAAUCCAUCUACGGAGAGACAAGAUUUGGAACAAUGAAUCAGAGAGGGUGCGAGGAAGAUCCAGAUCGUGGUUGCGAGUGACUAAGGAAUCUCCCAGAACCCGCCAAUGACGAGAGGCAGAAGAUAAGAUUUUAAAAAUGAAUCAAAGAGGGUGUGGGGAAGAUCCAAGUCAUAGCUUAUUAAUGGAUUAUGGUGAUUAUUUCUUCUCCUUGUCCCUAUUUAGUUAUUUGGUCGGUAUUGUUUGGCGUGUUCCGUCAUAUGAAAUUGGGGAUCGUUUGAUGGAUUUUUACAGAUCUAAACGGGGGAUUGGCGCCUUGAUGAUGACAAAGGGGUUGACAGGAUGAAGAUCUCACCAUCUGCAUGCGCCUUCUUCUCACUGGUGAGGUGAUAAAAGCGCACUGCCUUUGUCGAUAAUCAAGUUUCCAAAAAAGCUUCGUGUCAUAAUCUUCCUCUCCGUGUCUUCACUGUACCCUGUUUAUUAGCGUUGAGUUUUUGUUUUGCUCAUUGUGGUUGUUUUGGAAGCCUAAUUUGUUUCUCUAUGUUUCAGUAAGGUUUUGCAGUCGGGUUAACAGAAGACGAUUCACAGUUCAGUUCUGGUUUCAGGUGACUCUUCCCCUCUAUCUCUCAUGAUUUUUUUCUCCAUUUUAUGUGUGGUUUCGUUCGAUUGAGGUUUUAUUGGACCACUUUUUGUUCUCUCUCUACCAUGUAUAUCUCAUCUCUGUUUCUCAAUCGAAUAGAACUUGAAGCAUUAAAUGGCGAGUUUGGGAGGUUGAGAAAGGAGUAGAAGGUGAUCCAGAGCUGCAACUUAUGUUUUCCCUGUCGUUGAUGAAUUAUUUCAGGGGAGAUAUCGGGAAUGAUUUCAUAUUCAGGAGGCACCAUUGGAUUCAUGGAGAAAGUCAGCAAGACCAAGUGAUUGCCUAGAUGGGAACUUGCGAUCUGAUGCGAGGGUUUUACAGUAUUGCACAUAGCAAGGCAUCAUUGUAGCUCACCAAUCUCUGUCAGGAAGAAGUCCUAAAAGUUCAGGAAGUUAAUCAAAGUUUGAUAAAAGUAACAGAGGUUUUGCAACGUAAAUAUGUGGUUAGUGGUUAGCAUGAUCCUUGGAUGUUAUAUGGAGAUUUGAUAGCAAGCUGUAGAAUGUAGGAAUGGUGUCACACCUCUUUUGUUUCUGUGGAAAGUAUGCUGGAUCUGGAUAGUAGUAUUUCUAAAUAGAUAUAAAAUUUAUUGUUUGUUUCUACGUUUUUGCCUCGGUAUGCAGAUUCUUAGUUGUUGUUCAUUUUUUUAAGUUUAUCACCCUGAUUAAAAGCGUAGACUACUAGUGCAUUCAAACUAGGACGAGUAAAGGCGUAGACUAUCAUGUUGCCAACUAGAAAGUGGUUCCUUUUAAUCUUUUUUUUCGUUGUUGUUUUAAAGUUUGUCACCUACAUUAGUGAUAGUUUUCUGUCCAUGACAGAUUUUCACGUAUAUAAUUGUAAAUGCCCCACAAUGGUUCACAGUUUGGAACCCAACCCGCCGCGGAGCGCGGGCUGAUUACUAGUUUAUAUAAUAACUUUAGCAUUUGAGGAUUAAGAUUCUGAGAACCCCGCUUUCUUUUCUUGGUUGCCCUCUUGGAAGCAUUGAGACACCAAGACAUCACAUGAAGCCCUUUAAAAUGAACAUUAAUGGAGGAAAAAAAAAGAUUUAGGUAGAAUAGGAGAAAAAAGGAAGGGGUAAAUUACAAGAAUGACAGUUGGACUUUUUGAGUUUUGAUAGAUUUUUUCAAUUAUAGGCUUUGAAAUACCUUAUAUAAUGACAAUUUCAUCAUGUUCAUCAAGUUUUCUAUCAAGUUAUCCCCAUUAUUGAUAGAUUAAAACUCAGCAAGACUAAUUAAUAGUGCAAUCAAGAACAUGGAUGGGAAAAAGGGCUGAUUCUAAAGACAGGAGAGAUGAGAGAAAUUAGAGAAAGAGGAGGGUAGGAACACGCGGCUCAACAAGUCUGUUUGCAGGUUCCAAAGAGAUUCAAAGAGGGUAAGCGCAAAGGAUAGUGGGAGGGAUGGUGAGGUUUUGUCUUCUGUGUGCAGGUAUCUGAGACCGGGAUGUGGCAGGGGUAACGACUCAAAGAAGGAGUGUGUCCAGCAGGCGUGGAUGGGUCCGAAGAUUGUGUCGAUCAGGAAAGGUAGUUCAGGAAGCUUCUUCUGGUACAGGUUGCAGGUUGCAGAAGGAAAUAGACGAUGGUUUAUUGUGAUGGAUGAGUCUCAGCUCAUGUGGUUGCAAGGUGUUAUCCAAAUGGCUGCGAUGAAGGGCUGGCGAUUUCCGAUCGGGUGUGUCAAAAAGAGAGGGGACAAAAUUAUUCAUGUGGGAAGGAAGACGAACUAGUAGGGUUGCUUCUUGCAAAUCUCUGAGCAAGUUCAAAGUGGGAAAGUGUUCAAGAUUUUUAUCCCAUCUAGUUCAGACAGAGGCGGAUGGGCAAGGGUGAUUGCUUUACUGCAAGAUUUUUACAAGACGGAGCAUCAUAUCAGAGACCGGUUGACAACGGAGAAUUCCCAAGAGAAGGCGUUGUCGAAGGCUCUGGAGUUGCUACGGACUGCAAGCCAGACAUAUCUUACGCCGAGGUGGUUAAAAGGGGAGAGUUCUAUGGUGUUGGUAGAUGCGUUGUCAGGACAAACAGACAUGGUAGGUAUAUUGAUGUUGGAUCGGAAGGAGUUGCAGAGAGAUUAAGUCUGCUGGGAAGAAGCUUAGUGAUCACAAAGAACUCAGUGGCGGAAUUCUAGCGAUGGGCCAAGAGGAAUUGGAUGAUCGAUGAUAAUUUUGGAUUUGAAGAUCUGGAGGAUGGGAGAUGGCUUCUUAUUUUUCCGAGUAUCAAUCAAGUUGUUCGGAUCAAAGAGCUGAGUCACUCAGGUUUAGGGGAUUUCAUAUUGAGUUGACUUAUUAGGAUGAAGACUCCGUGUAACACCCUACCCUAUACGUUUUGCCUAAUCAUAUUGUUCAUACAAUUGCAGCGGAAUUAAUCUCGGGAGUUACAUUAAUUAUCAAAAUUUACCUAAAUAAAAUUUCGACAUGAAU